AUGAAGAGGCAGAGCGAGCGAGACUCGAGCCCGAGCGGGCGCGGCUCGUCAUCGUCGGCCAAGCGGCCGCGGGAGCGCGAACGGGAGGCGGAGGCGGGCGGGCGGCGGGCGGCGCACAAGGCCUCGGGCGGCGCCAAGCAUCCCGUUCCAACGCGGGCCCGCGACAAACCCCGCGGUAGCGGGGGCGGCGGGGGUGGGCAUCGCGACGGCCGCGGCGCCGGGGACGCGAAUCACCGUGCGAGCAGCGGCCGCUCCUCGGGCUCGGGCGCUGGCGGCGGGGGACGCGGUGGCAAGGCCUCCGGGGACCCAGGCGCUUCAGGUGCAUCACCUCGCGCGUCUCCGCUGCCGCCACCUCCGCCACCGCCCGGGGCCGAGCCCGCGGGGCCCGGCUCAUCGGCGGCCGCACCCGAGUACAAGACGCUGCUCAUCAGCAGCCUGAGCCCCGCGCUGCCCGCCGAGCACCUCGAGGACCGACUCUUCCACCAGUUCAAGCGCUUUGGCGAGAUCAGCCUGCGCCUGUCGCACACGCCAGAGCUGGGCCGCGUGGCCUACGUGAACUUCCGGCACCCGCAGGACGCACGCGAGGCCCGCCAGCACGCCCUGGCCCGCCAGCUGCUGCUCUACGACCGGCCGCUCAAGGUGGAGCCGGUGUACCUGCGUGGCGGCGGCGGCGGCGGCGGCGGCGGCGGCGGCGGCGGCGGCGGGAGCAGCCGGCGAAGCAGCAGCAGCAGUGCUGCCGCCUCCACGCCGCCCCCAGGGCCGCCCGCGCCCGCCGACCCGCUCGGUUACCUGCCGCUGCACGGCGGCUACCAGUACAAGCAGCGCUCUCUGUCCCCAGUGGCCGCCCCUCCGCUACGGGAGCCCCGCGCCCGCCACGCCGCGGCGGCCUUUGCCCUGGAUGCUGCCGCCGCCGCCGCAGUAGGACUGUCCCGGGAGCGGGCCCUGGACUACUACGGUCUGUACGACGACCGCGGGCGCCCAUACGGCUACCCCGCCGUGUGCGAGGAGGACCUGAUGCCUGAGGACGACCAGCGGGCCACGCGCAACCUCUUCAUCGGGAACCUGGACCACAGCGUGUCCGAGGUGGAGUUGCGGCGGGCCUUUGAGAAGUACGGCAUCAUUGAGGAGGUGGUCAUCAAGAGACCUGCCCGUGGCCAGGGUGGUGCGUAUGCCUUCCUCAAGUUCCAGAAUCUAGACAUGGCCCACAGGGCCAAGGUGGCCAUGUCGGGCCGGGUGAUUGGCCGAAACCCCAUUAAGAUAGGCUAUGGCAAGGCCAACCCCACCACUCGCCUCUGGGUGGGCGGCCUGGGACCUAACACCUCACUGGCCGCUCUGGCCCGGGAGUUUGACCGCUUCGGGAGCAUUCGGACCAUUGAUCACGUCAAGGGAGAUAGUUUUGCUUACAUCCAGUAUGAGAGCUUGGAUGCAGCUCAGGCCGCCUGCGCAAAAAUGAGGGGCUUUCCCUUGGGUGGUCCAGACCGAAGGCUGCGUGUGGAUUUUGCCAAAGCAGAGGAGACCCGGUAUCCCCAGCAGUACCAGCCCUCACCCCUCCCUGUGCAUUAUGAGCUGCUCCCAGAUGGAUAUACCCGGCAUCGAAGCCUGGAUGCAGACCUCCGGGUGCGGGAUAGGACCCCCCCACACCUCCUGUACUCAGACCGGGACCGGACCUUUUUGGAAGGGGACUGGACCAGCCCUAGUAAAAGCUCUGACCGCCGAAACAGCCUGGAGGGCUACAGCCGCUCAGUGCGCAGCCGGAGUGGGGAGCGCUGGGGAGAUGGGGACCGGGGCCUGCCCAAGCCCUGGGAGGAGAGGCGGAAGCGGAGGAGCCUCUCCAGUGACCGCGGGAGGACAACCCACUCCCCUUACGAGGAGAGGAGCAGGACCAAGGGUGGUGGGCCACAGGUGGACCGGGGCUCUGACCGCACUCCUGAGCGCAGCCGUAAGGAGAAUCACUCCAGUGAUGGGACCAAGGAGUCGAGCAGCAACUCCCUCAGCAACAGCAGACACGGGGCUGAGGAGCGGAGCCACCACCACCACCACGAGGCUCCAGACUCUUCCCAUGGGAAGAAGACCCGAGAGAGCGAGCGCAAUCAUCGGACCGCUGAGGCUGAACCCAAGCCUCUGGAAGAGCCAAAACACGAGACCAAAAAGCUCAAGAAUCUUUCCGAGUAUGCCCAGACACUGCAGCUGGGUUGGAAUGGGCUCCUAGUGUUGAAAAACAGCUGCUUCCCAACAUCUAUGCACAUCCUAGAGGGGGACCAAGGGGUUAUCACGGGCCUCCUCAAAGACCACACUUCCGGGAGCAAGCUGACCCAGCUGAAGAUUGCCCAGCGUCUGCGGCUGGACCAGCCCAAGCUCGAUGAGGUCACGCGGCGCAUCAAGCAGGGGAGCCCCAAUGGCUAUGCGGUGCUCCUAGCCACCCAGGCGACCCCCAGCGGGCCUGGCACUGAGGGGAUGCCCACGGUGGAGCCAGGCCUACAGAGGCGGCUUCUCAGGAACCUGGUCUCCUACUUGAAACAGAAGCAGGCCGCAGGGGUGAUCAGCCUGCCGGUGGGUGGGUCCAAGGGCAGAGACAGCACAGGCAUGCUCUACGCCUUCCCGCCCUGCGACUUUUCACAGCAGUACCUCCAGUCAGCACUGAGGACAUUGGGCAAGCUAGAGGAGGAACACAUGGUGAUAGUUAUAGUAAGAGACACUGCCUAGCCCAGACCUGGCUCCAGCUCCGCGUUUGUGUCACAAAAGCAGUUCUUUUAAAAUCCGACCACCACCCUUCCCCACAUCCUACCCCUUGGUUUGAAUUCUCUGCUGGGUUAUUUUGGUUCAUUUGAUGGGGGAACCAGAGUCCUGACCCCCACCAAAACUAAGUUCUUAAAUUUGGGGAUUUUGUUUUUUUGUUUUGUUUUGUUUUUUUCCAGCAAUGAGAAAAGGGACUCCUGUCACGUUGAUUUCUAGUGUACGAGAUACUGUCUGCUGUGUUCUGUAUUUUUUUUAUUUUUUGACUAACUGUAUGGAAAGUUGUCAGUAAAACCUUUGUCAGAGGAUGGAUUUUUAAUCCUGUUCAGAGUCCUGGUUUAAUCGAGUUUUUCCUCAAUGAAUGGAAGACUUUUCCCCACUACACGCACACAAAUGCCCUACGUCAACUUCACAGCACUGGUAUUAGCUCAAAGUCCUGCUGUGUUGGUGGCUCUCGGCACCUCAGCUCUUUGGGCCGAGUCGGGACUGCGUUCACAUUUGUUUUUAACCUUGGCUGAGAGCAGGUGGGCUUCAUUUUGCCUCUGGCACCCUGCCUUGCCUGCUUGAGCAGAGCCCAUGCAAAGGAAGGGGGUGAGCCUAAGGUCUAUAGCCGGCAGCUUUGGUAGUUUUGGAGUUCUUGUUUUCUGCCCUAAAUGUGUGUGUUGAUCUGUCUGAACCGUAGCUGUUGGACAAUGUGCCUAAUCUUGAGGCCUUUUGCAGGCAGGUAGUCUUUAGCAGUUCUGUGGUCUUGUAGACACGGGGAAGAAGAGUACAGUAUUGAUGCCACAGCGUCUUGGUGUCACAGAUUGAAGCAGGCUCCCCUUCUUUUCAGCCUCCCUUCCAGCCUUAACAUGGCAGCCCAGGAGUACCCCGUUGGAGGCAGAGCUGCCUCAGACCCCCCAGGAACCCUGAAGGCCAAGUGCUGGAAUGGAGGGUGGGAGGAAGCUUCUCUUGGCUAAUUCUUGAAAUUUACCCAGUGUUUGUGAAUUCUGGUUCUUCCUUUGGUUGUUUUGGGGCUGAUGUAUAGUGGAGGGGACCUCUUCCCAGUACCUAGAGCUUUGUAGGGGACCCUACAAACCCUGAACUGAAGAAUUUUUGCAGUGCUGCCAGGGAGCACGGUGGAUUAGACAGAUACUCUUAACUAAUCAGUUUCACGGGUGUAAGGUGAGAACGUGUUCCUCAGCCUCUUGCCCUGCUGCUGAGGUGGGAGAAGGGUGCUUCUGUGGGGAAAUGAAGUCACAGGUGCCAAGGUGUUUGGGCAGUGCUCGUCAGAGCCACUGAAGCCAAGCUGGGGAGGAAUGUGGAGGCAUCUUCCAGCUGGGAGAGAAAGAUGGCUUGAAAGAGAAAAAUGCUGUCAUCCCUGGUCUCUAAUGAGGUCAUAGGACAGCACCGUCGACCAAGGAGGGAAGCCAGUCAUAGAGCAGUUGUCAACAUAGAACACUGCCCAAAUAGACUUUUCAGAGUGUGUUGUGUGGCAGUCUGGAUGUCCCAAAGGAUCACUGUCAGAGCUGGGGGACAACAGAAGCCUCAGAGAAGUGAGCCCCCCAAAUGGCCAGGAACUCCGGGUUCUGUUCCACUCUCCUGGCCUGGUCCACUCCCAGUCCAUGCAGGGCAACACGGGACGGCUGGGAUGCUUUGAGAGACCAUCCUGAGGUGGAGGGUGAGGCCUGGAGGGUGGACUGCCUGGACGAUACAUGCUUCACAAGGAUCAGGGAAGAGGUGGCUUUUUGAGACCUUAGGGAUUUAAAAUGAACAGGGGAAGGUGCCUGGGGAGGUACUGCUCACUGGGCUAUAGCUGGUGCUCAUGAGAGAACAGGCAUGUUCACAACAGAAAACAUGAACAAAGGAAGUGUUAAAUGUGUUUGCCAGUUUGUACUUGAGCUGUGGCACAACUGCCAGGUGUCUGAGCAAGUCCGUGGAGGGGACCAGCUGACCCCAGCGCCACCAUCCCAGGGUAGCUCGUACUGCCAGAAGCAGGAAUGGGCCUUGUUCAGAGUAAACAAGGUAGGGGUGGCUUGAAGGCGUAUUGCAGGGCUUCCUGCAGAUGUCUGAGAAAUGCCUCGGUCACGCAUCAGCCAGAGUUGCCUUGUCCUGUUACGUCCAAAACUUCUCUGGGCUGUUCUUCAUAGGGUGGGUGCUCAGAACCCAGAAUACUACACCACCUAGCAGCAUUUCCAGAUAUAAACCUGCUAGGAAAUGUGGUUGGAGAAGACACUUCAACCUUUGUUUUGUCUACUUUCCAGGGAUAGGUGCUCUCUGGCCCCAAAAAGAACUAUAGAGUUUUGGUAAAGAACCACAGCCCACUGUGUGACCCUCUUCUCAACCACUUCCUUCCUUUGGCUCUUAAGACACAGGUUCUGUGAACUCUCAGGCCUUGGCCAGCCCUCGUAGGGCAGGAGGUCAAGGCGCUGGUUGAUUUAGGACUGCCCCACAAAGAGAACAAUUUAACUGCAGGGGUCCAGCGCCUCCACCUGCGGGUUCAGAUCCUGUCUGAGGUGUCACUUAAAUGGGGGGGAGGAAAUUAAUCUGAGGCAAAUUGUAUGGGUUUCUUCUGAGUGACUCAGAUUUUCAGCUCUGGUAUAGUAAGAAAGAAGGCUGAUGUCUCCUUAGCCUCUCAGGGCGCUGCCCUAAGGGCGAGUUGUCAAGUCAACCAGAACUGCGCCUCCCUGUUGGAGGCCCCCAUCGCCACCACAGAGACCUGCAGGCACUCCCAAGAGCUGUUGGCAGAGUUGAGGGAGGCAGCCAGCAGCAGCUCAGCUGAAUUCAUGACUAGAAUAGCGUUUUUACUUCUUGACUUUUAACCUGCUUUCUUUUGAUGCACCCAUCCAGCACCAGCAGUCAAGGCUACUCCACUGGUUAGGUGUUAGUAACCCAUUUAAGCUGAGGCAUGAAGCAACAUAAGAGCUGAGACCUCUGCUCUCUAAAGGACCAAGAGGUACCUGUGUGACACAGGCCCACUUCAGUGUGCGAUCAGUUGUAUGGUGCUCUGAAGCCCAGCAGGGCUUUGCUGGCCCCUGGUGAGUUAUAGCCCGUCUUGUCUUGUUUAUUUCACAACCAAAUUUGUCCCCUCUUCUCUCAGCAAAGGGAGAAAAGUCCCUAGCUAUUUGAUACCUACAUAAUAGAAACCAAGAAGCUGUUACUUGGACAACUCGAAGAGACUGCAAUCUCCUAUUUAUUGUAGGAGGAAAGGGUGAGGUGGGUUAAGUGAAAAGGUCAGAGCAUGUGGCACUUUCCCUGGCGGUUCCCCAUGUUCACCAACCACAGGCUGAUUUCAGAGGCCUGAGACCUGUCUAAACCCAGCCGGCCCAGCCCCCGCUGCCUCCAAACUGCCAAAAGUGAAAAACAGCUCUGGUCCGCUGUUAACUCUCCCUUGAGGAAAUCGUAAUGACAGUCACCCAACUAACUAGAGAGGUGGCCACUCCUUAGCUUUGCCAGCACCCAGGACCCCUAUCAUGUCAGCUCCACUAGAUCUGUACUGCAGAGCUGCCUUCUUUAGUCAGAACCUAGGACAGAGAGGUGUCCACAGCUGACCAGACCCAAGCACCUCCUCCUCCACCCCAGCGUGCUUCUCGGGCACAAACCGAUACUCCCUCUGGGGGAGGGCAGCAGACCAGGGUUAGACACUGUGACUAAGCUACUUUUCUCCCCAGAGUGCUUUAUUUGGGCAGAAUGUGUUCUCACCACCAUCCUGGACUGCCUCUCGGAAGGCGUCUUCUCUACUGGCUGGCUAGAGGUGCAGGGAAAGGGACCACUGCACUUUGGUAAAAGAGAACAGGGAAAGGCCAUAAACAAACAAAGACAGACUUGUAGUUUAUUUUGUAUUUUUUUUAAAUAAAUACACUUUACAUUAAAGAAAAA